GCGGAAUGGUGCCCUAGUCGGACAGUAACGUAAAUAUGGACUCGUCCUCCUCAACUAGGGUUUUUGUUCGUGGGUUUUUACUUUUUAGGAUUUCCAAAGACGAGAAGAAUCGGCUCUCUCUGGUGAACGAUUUGACAGAAUGUAUCUCCAGUUUUACAUAAACGAGAAGGGUGACAAGGUGUACACCACUAAGAAAGAAUCGCCCCUUGGAUUGGCUACACAAUCUGCUCAUCCAGCUCGCUUCUCUCCUGAUGAUAAAUUUUCGAGGCAAAGAGUUCUCCUAAAGAAGCGGUUUGGAUUGCUGCCGACACAAAAGCCAGCUCCAAAGUACUGAGCCCUUCGGUGGCAUGUUGAUCGGAGCAUUCUUACUACGUGGAGCUUUUCAAGAUCAUGCCAGAUAGUGUGGAAGUGUUUUCCUUUUAGUAGCUGUCAAACUGUAUCAGUAUCAGGAAGUUGUGAAAUGUUGGUGCUAAAAUCGAACCAAGUGUCAGAGAUUUCCAUUUAGAUUUGUUGCAAGUUUGUCAAUUGUCUUAUUUAUGCCCAGAUUGAGCCUGUAAAAUCUUAUUUUUGCUACAUUGUUGUGGUAUUCACUAGUUUACCUGUUGACAUC